GUCACACAUCUGCGUUUCGAUAACCGUCAGCAAGCGCAUCUCUGAUAAUUUUCAGAAAAAACAAUUAUCCAGGAAAACAACUCUCAUUUGUUUGUUUAGAUCGGAUUACAGCGGAAUCCAGAGUUUUGGAAUUAGAAAUCCCUUGAGCGAAGUCCGUCGAGAAUGUCCUGGCAAAGUGUUCCCCAGUACCCCCAAUACCAAGAUCCCAACCAACAGUACAACUAUGGUGGAGGCUAUCCGCCUCAGGGAGGAUAUGGCGGCGGUGGAUAUGCGCCCCAGGGAGGCUACCCACCCCAAGGCCCACCUCAGGGAUAUCCACCCUACGCCCAGGGAGGGGCCCAGCCCUAUCCGCAGCCCUACGGUCAGGGUCCUCCACCUGGCGGUUAUGCCCCCCAGCCGGGGUUCAUCCAACCACCACCAUCAGCCGGCGGCUAUGGAGCCUACGAUGAUCCGGAGAGCCAACCCAAGAACUUUUCGUUCGACGACCAGAGCAUCCGGCGCGGAUUCAUACGCAAGGUGUACCUGAUUCUGAUGGGUCAACUCCUCGUCACCUUUGGAGCUGUUGCGCUUUUUGUGUUUCACAAGGGCACCAAGAAAUUCGCGAGCGAUAACAUGUGGCUCUUCUUUGUUGCCCUGGCCGUGAUGUUAGUUACCAUGAUUUCCAUGGCUUGCUGCGAAAGUGUUCGUCGCCAAACACCGACGAACUUUAUUUUCCUUGGCUUAUUCACCUUAGCUCAAUCGUUCUUAAUGGGCGUCUCGGCCACUAGAUAUGCGCCACAGGAGGUUCUCUUGGCGGUGGGCUUAACGGCUGCGGUUUGUCUGGCUCUAACACUCUUUGCUUGGCAAACCAAAUACGACUUCACUAUGAUGGGCGGCAUUCUGAUCGCCUGCAUGGUGGUGUUCCUGAUCUUCGGCAUUGUGGCCAUGUUCAUUAAGACCAAGAUCAUAACACUGGUGUAUGCUUCGAUUGGUGCGCUACUCUUCUCCGUUUACCUCAUCUACGAUACCCAGCUCAUGAUGGGUGGAGAGCACAAGUACUCUAUCAGCCCUGAGGAGUAUAUCUUUGCGGCGCUGAACCUCUACUUGGACAUCGUCAAUAUCUUCAUGUACAUUCUGACUAUAAUAGGCGCAUCGCGCGACUAA